AUGUCUGUUUCGAGCAAAUCAAAAUCAAAAUGCUCGCAUAGCACAUUAUUACUUUCUCCCUCUCGUAAUGCCUCUGUUGCUGGUUAUAAACGCCCAGCAUUUGCCCAGCUAGUAGCGGCCACAACACCUUCUGGAAGUCUCAAAAAAGACAUUGCAACCAAACUCACAAAAGCCGUAGAGACAAAGCAUGCCUCAACAUUCCCAGCACCGCUUGUUCUUCCAGAAGACGACCUUGCUUGGGAUCCAAAGUGUCCACCUCAGAGUGUCAGGUCUUGGACGCGUGAAAAGGCGAGGAAUGAAGUGACUAACAGAAGACGAACGGUGUAUUUCGUCGGCCCGCCAGAGUCGGGUGAAGGUUUUGAAGCCAUUCAGAAACUAGCUGACCCUCUUGUCAAACUUACGGCUAAAGAGAAAUUGAUUGAACAUCCAAAAACGGAAGAUGUAUUGGAUUACUUGAAGGCUUUCUAUUACGGACUUCCUGUGAAGAUGCUGGAAACGCCUAAACUUCAGUUUACUGCCGAUACUGAGUAUAAGGCUGACGGCAAAACGAUUAUACUUGAAACCCCGGAUUCAGUAUACCUCAAUACAAACUCGAGGGGUUCAACAUUGAAAAUUCGAGUUCGUCCCACGCCAAAAGCUUACAAUGAGUACUCGCACCAGCUCAAUCUCAAUGAUCUUCUAGAUGCUGCAAUUGCUAUGUUACCAGAUGAUGCAUACGCUCUGCUCAUGCUGGUGAAACAUGAUAUUUAUGAGGAAGAUGACGAUGAUUUUGCCUGUGGAAGAGCAUAUGGCGGAAGUAGGAUUUCUGUUGUGAGUAGUGCGCGAUACAACCCACUGCUGGAUAAGAAGCAGAAAGUGGAUAGAGUACACGCAUGGCCUGCUAGUCAUUGUGUUGAUGGGAUCGAAGAAUGGCUGGCGCAGUUCGAGAAUAUGGAUGUUGAUGAUGAUGAUAAGUUGGUUGUACCAGCGAAACCAAAAGGAGGAGAGAGACAAGCGCCUAUGCAGGCUGCACUUGCUGCGCACAUGUCUUUACCGCCCCUAGACACUCGUCCGUCGGCAGUGACGCUGUAUGAACAGUGGCUUGGUCGGGUUUGCAGGACUGGAAGUCAUGAGCUUGGUCAUUGUUUUGGAGUCGCGCAUUGUACUUACUACGCUUGCUCGAUGCAAAGUACCGCGUCGAUUGUGGAGGAUCCAAGGCAACCUCCGUACUUGUGUCCGGUGGACUUGGAAAAGGUACUAAGAGCUACUGGGGCGGAUAGGUGUGAUAGAUACGGAGCUCUGCUUGAGUUCUGUGGGAGACAUCAGAUGGGACAUUUAUUCAAGGCGUAUGGUGCCUGGAUCAAGCAAAGGCUUGAUGACUUGGAUGAUGGAGAGUACCCAGAGAUGCUAUAG